CUAUGCAUGUGCAGCCUAUGCACUUUUGUGUGCUCGGCCUCUUGCACGCAGCUCGAAGAAAAUAUAACCUUAAAAGCAUAUUAUUUCAUUUUAAAAGUUUUCCUGUGCUAUAUAUGAUUUAAAAGAGGCAUCCAAUUCGCCCUCUACUCGAAGGCAACUCCAAAAAGAAUUUAUUUUAUUCGAAGACCACAUACAGAUGAUGUAAUUGUUUAUGAAGGCUACGAGACAGAAAUCUUACGAAGUUCUUGGUCUUCAAAGUAAUGUUAUGAUGUGAUGCAAAACGUAGUUUUAAAUAAAGCCUGAAAUGCUCUAACUGUUUUCGUAACAUUGACCUUUUUGAGCCUUAUUAAAUAAUAUAAAACUUUGUGUGCAUGACUAGAUCUUGGAUGCUCUCACAAUCAGCUGAUUUUAGAAAAUAGCAACAUCAACAUGGAAUGCAAGGAUGACUAUGACUAUGUCCCUAAAAUUAAAAAACGUAGGACUGACAAGAAGGACAUCAAGAGUAGGAUAGAGAUGUCACAGGAUGAAAAUAAUGAUUUGAAGAAAGAAUUGAAGAAUAAAGAUACCUAUAAAGUUGAAGAUAAGAACAAAGUUAUUGGGAAUGAAAAAACAUCGCAGGAUGAAGAUAGUGAUUCGACGGAAGAAUCGAAGAAUAAAGAUACUUGUAAAGUUAAAGAUAAGAAUAAAGUUACUGGGAAUGAGAUAAAAACACCACAGGAUGAAGAUAGUGAUUCGACGGAAGAAUCGGAGAAUGAACAUAUCCAUGAAAUUAAAUGUAAAAAUAAAGAUACUUGGAAUGAGACAGAAACAUUACAAAAUGAAGAUGAUAAUUUGAAGAGAAAAUUGAAGAAUAAGGACACUUGUAAGGUUAAACCUUCGUCUGACGAUGAAGGUGUAGAAGAAGAGUAUUGCAGUGAUGCAACAUAUCUAGCACGGCAAAUAGCAUCGGCAGAGAGAUUAUCCCAAGAAAAAUUACUGCAAUUGCAUAAUUUAUGUGUGAAAUUAAGACACGUGGUACCACCACAGCAUAACAUUGAAACACGAGCCGGAUCUCACAUGCCAACACGAGAGGAAAUAAAAGAGUUUGAGAGAAUAAUACCAAUUAAGAGGGGCUCGUAUUCUUUUAAAGAGGACGACAUUAUCGCUAAAAAUUGGAAAGCAUUUUGCAAGCUACAUAAUUGGGAUAGAAAAAAAGUUAAACCGUUUUUACAAUUAAGAAUUGGUAAUUUGACAUACAUGCGAAAUACCACAGAAAGACGGAAAUUUGUACAAUUUUUAGCGGAUGGUUUACCAGAUAGAACUUUGUAUAGUGUCUACCAUAGAUUUAAAAAUUUAUACGAGGAUAAUGUGCAGAGAAGGUAUAUACCUGAAGAAGAUGAAAUGAUAAUAAAUCACUUGGAACAUAACCCAUCUCUUGAUGAAAGACGUAAAUAUGCUGACUUGGCUAAAGUUCUUCGGAGAACAAGAAAUUCUAUUUGGCGACGUUAUCGAGUUUUAAAAAAGAAAAGAACAAAUAAAGACGAUUAAUGUAUUUAUUUUAAUAAAAUAUUUUUAAUAAGUUUUA